GAUGUCCCGGUUCCUGGAGUCAUUGAUAGAGUAUGCUCCCCGUCUCCUCGUGGCUCUGCUCUUUCAAGUUCUCAUCAGCACAGAGCAGAUGCCAGAGGAGGUCGAUACCUUCUGGAGGGGAUGCUGGGAGCAACACAACCUUCCCACCCAGCCCAACAGGUUUGCAGCGCUCACCAUGAAGGCCCUACUUUGCCACCUGGAGUGUGAGGAAGUUGUGCUUUCAAUGGAACGCAAGUGCGGCUGGGACACGCUCCUCAAUGCCGGCACCCACCACUACGCAGUGGGUCUGCUGGCCAGGGAGAUGCAUGGUGUCUCCAGCCCCUUGUGUUCCCGCAUCACACUCCACCUGCUGGAGCUGCUGAGCAGGGAGGAGCCCCACUUGGAGGUCCUCACCGUGGCAUUCCUUGUGGAGGUCCUGGACGGGCUGGACAUGAGUGAGUGGGGAGACAACAUUCUGCAGAGCCUUUCAAGGCACCUCCGGAGCGACUGCCCAGAGAGGCGUCGCCUGGCGCUCCGAGGCCUCCUGGUGCUCAGCCAGGAUCCCGUGAUGGUGAGAAGGGGUAGUUGGCUGAAGCCGUGCUGGAACCCUGGGGCUGGGGAACGCAGUCUCUUGGGCUUGGCUGGGCUUUGGGAGCUGUG